AUGCCUUUACUAAAACAGGCAUCACGAAAAGAUUCACCAACCACAUCACUGGAUCUGUCACACUCAUCCUUAGAGCAUGGCGGUUUGGGAAUCAUCGCAACUUGCGAGAAAGGGCGCCAGAGUGACUCAGUUGCUGAUUUAGCCAAUCGAAAGAACAUCCCUGGUCUUCACCACCGAUCAACUAGCGGGACUUCCCAAUUUUCUUCUGCGAGUAGUUCCAGUAUGAACAAGCCAGGUUCGCAGAAUAUUCGCCUGAUGCGUCAAGCAACUCGCUCUUACACCCCACCAUUAAGUCAAUCACAUCAGGCCUCGGUAUUCGAGAGCGAUGCCUCUGGCCAUAGAGACUCGGUUGAGGGUGAGCUCUUAGGCUGGUCAGGCUCCGACACGUUCUAUCCGUCUGUACGUGCAUCCUCGGGGCAGAUACCACGGUUAUCAAUACAGACGCAUGAUAACUCAUUCACAAGGCUUCCUGGGAUCUCCCAGACCAAUGUAGCCGGUCGUUCGUCUUUCGGUUAUUCAAGGGAUAAUGGCAGUACUUUAGAUACAGCUUCACCAAUCUCCAGGUCAUCCCUGGACUUCGUGUUUCGAUCCAGGACAAAAACUAGUACCGAUCCCAUCUCUCGAGCAGCCACGGUACAAGCUGCGCGUCAGGCAUUUGAAGAGAAAGAAGCAGCGAAAAAACGAAGGUUUGAGGAGCAACAGAUGAAAGCAGAGGAAAAGCAAAUAAGACGCAGAGAGAAGCACCAUUGGCGAGCUUCUCUGAGAGAUGAGGAAACACCGAAUCGCGCUACAUAUUAG